AUGGCGAGGCCCAAUGACCCUGGCGACCUGUACGACGAAUGUUGCACCGACGAUCAAGUCGCCCAUUCUCCUGUGACGUCGACGAGCGUCACGUCCAAGUCUGAAACCCCGACCAAUUCGACGCAAGCCGUGCCUGUGCCUUUGCCCGCCCCAUCGCCGCUCGGGAAGGGUAACUCGAUCGACAACAAGGUGAAGUGCCACAACACCGGACGUGGCGCCGACCACACGCGAGUCAACAACGCCAACAAGUCUUUCUAUAGCAUUCUAGGUGCCCAGGGAACCGUCAUCCGCCACAAAUUUACCUUCAAAUACAAGCACAACUUCCCGGACAGGACGAGCGAUCUCGGGCUCGAGGUCGUCCUGGACUUUACCCUCAACAAGGGCUGCGAGUGGACGUGA